AUGCACGUCACUGUACAGCUCAGCCUACUCCUGUCUCUCGCUUCCUCGCUCCCCCUGGUCUCGGCUAUCCCACAGCACGAUGGCCAGGCAUAUACAUUCCCCUCGACCGGCCGCAGUGCCACUGCAGACACAGAUCCAGUGCUAGAGGUCCGACAGGGCGCAUACAGACCGCCGUCAGCAUGGACAAGGCUGCGGGACUCGAUCGUUGAAUCGGUGUGGGGGGUUCCGCAGCGUGGAAAGGACAGUGAGACGAAGACGGGGAAGCAGUCAGAGGCGGCGUCAAAGGCACCAGCGACGCUGCAGGCGAGAUACGGAGAGGAUGUGGUCCUUAGAUUUACGAUCAAGACCCAGGAGGAAAUGAAGGCGCUGGUCGAGGCAUCGAACAUUCUAUUUCUUGAUGUCUGGGGCACGCAUGAUGACGGGAUUCCAUCUCUCCUCGGGCUGCUUCCCCCGUCUCUACAGACCUCCCAUGUCCCAUUGAUCCGCGAUCUGGCGCAGGCUAUAUACGAGUCGUACCCGAAGAACAACCCAUCCUCACCAUCACAUCCGGGAGCUACAACCCGCCGCUUCUCUCCGUCUGCCAGCACGCCGGAAUCACAACCUCACGAAACCAAGAACAUCUUCUUCCAGGACUACCAGCCCCUCUCAGUCCUUCUUCCAUGGAUGCGCCUGCUCGUGUCCAUGUUCUCCUCCCACACCACCUUGAUCAGCGUGGGCACGACAGCUGAGGGCCGCGAUAUACCUGCCCUCCGGGUCGGCGUACACCCGACAAACAACGCACAGCAAGCUCCCAGACGCCGAACAAUCGUCAUCAGCGGCGGUGCUCAUGCCCGCGAAUGGAUCAGCGUCUCCACAGUCUCAUACAUUGCAUACUCUUUCAUAACAGGCUACGGGAAGUCCCGAUCCAUCACCAAACUACUAGAACAAUUCGACUACGUCUUCAUUCCCACCGUCAACCCAGACGGAUACGUAUAUACCUUCUCUACCGACCGUCUGUGGCGCAAAAACCGACAAUCGACUUCCCUCUCCUUCUGCCCCGGAAUCGACCUCGACCGCUCCUGGGGAUUCGAAUGGGAUGGUAACGCGACUCGUAGUAACCCCUGCUCGGAGAGCUAUGCAGGCGAGGGGCCGUUUGAGGCCAUCGAAGCCCGCGAAAUCGCCGACUGGGCCCGCAAAGAAGUGACGGAGAACAACGUCCAUUUUGCUGGGUUUGUAGAUCUGCACUCCUACUCGCAGCAGAUCCUGUAUCCAUACGGCCACUCGUGCGCCCAUCUACCCGCCAACCUAGAAAACCUAGAAGAGCUAGGUGCAGGUCUAGCGAAGGCCAUUCGUCGGUCGUCGCGAGAGAUAUAUGACACUAAGGCUGCAUGCAGAGGUAUCGUGGCGUCCGGUGCUAGGGAAAAGGGCACCAAUGAACCAGUUGCCUCGUAUGCACUCGAAAGCACGGCCGGGAGUGCGCUGGACUGGUUCUACCACGACCUCGACGUACGGUUCUCAUACCAGAUCAAGCUGCGGGACCGAGGGAGCUAUGGUUUCCUGCUACCGAGAGAACAUAUCGUCCCGACCGGCAAGGAGAUCUACCACGCUGUUGUAGCUAUGGGGAAGUUCUUGGUUAGCCCACAUAUCCUGGAGGAGGAAGUGGACGAACCCCAUGCCGGAGAGCAGACACAGGACAACAGCUACGACGAGGAUGGAGAUAACUUAUUCCGCGCCCAGGGAGGCGAUCCUCAGGUGCGCUUUACUAGAAGGAAUAUUGGCGCGCAUGAUGACGAUUCCGAAUAG